AUGCAAAACAAAAAUAUUCAAUAAAGGUAAAGUAAUAAGCCCUUGGUUGAGUAAUAAACUCAUUAAAUCGACCAGGGUUCUCUUGCUGGUAAUAGUUAGGGAGGCAGCAGAUCUGUUCAGAACAGAGUUGCAAAAUAAAAGCUUACUGAAGAGACAAUUCAAGAUAAAUUAAGGAAAAAAUCAAGGGAGAAUCAGAGGAAUGAGCUUUAGGCUUAGUUGUAAAAAAAAUAAAUCGAUCCAACUGUCGACAAUAGACGAAGAAUGCAGUAGCAAUCUUAAGGAAGCCAUGGUAUUGAUACACCCGUAUCAGACAAAACAUUGAAGACAUAGUUCUAAAAGAACAAUAGCAACCGAUAUCAGGGAUCAUUAGUUAAAUCUCGAGUUCCAACAAGAGAGAAAGCUGAAGUGAUACUCGUGGGAAAAAUAUGGAUCCAUCGUAAUUCUCUCAAAAUUCUCAGGAAUCCAGCUCUACUGGGCUAACUGAUUGUCUCAAACUCCCCAAAAGAUAGAUCAAUAUAGAAUAGUAAUGCAAAGCACUAGUCAAUCUAAUCUAAUAUAUCUUAAAAUGCAGAUUAAAAAUAAAUGAUAAACUCUGGAGAUGAAAGUCGUGAAGAAACACCAAAGAGUGGAAGAUCUAGAAAAGCUCACAAUAAGAGGAUAAUAAUUGAUACAAGUUCAAAUAACAGUAGACAGGAGAUACCAUAGUCUAAAGAGCCGUAGAUAAAUGCAAAUAAUCAAGAGGCAUAGAUUUCAGUCUCUAGAAAAAUACCAAUAGAUAAUUAAAAAAAGAAAAAAAUUAUAAAAGUUGAUUAAAUUUAACGAUUAUUUAAAGCUGGCUAGGGAACUGAUUAGAGCUAGACAUAAACAGCAGAUAUUAAAAAAAUAACAAGGGCAAAAGGAGAGAUAUAAUUACCCUAGCUAACCUUAAAUACAAAAGUGAGUCCCCGGUCAAAUUAUGACCAAAAUCAUUAGAGCCCAGCAAUGGCACCAAUAGAUGAGGAAUCCAUCUAGAUAUUCGAUGUAUCAGUAAAGGAUAAAUCAAACAAGAGUAAAUUUUUAUAAAAAGUAAGCUCGAAUUAAUCAGCUGGUGAGACUCCAAUGGCAAAUAUUAAGCAAACAGAGACGAAUCCAAAUCCCAAUAUUGUUGCCAAUCUUAACUCUGCAAAUGAGGAGAUAAAGCAUCUAAAGUAAGAGCUGAAUCUAAAAAAUAAUUAGUUGAGCUAACUUCUUAAGGAAUUCAGUAAUAAGGCAGCUACUAUAUUGACCAAAGACUAGUAAAAGGAUAAAAACAAGGCAGGAAGAUAAAAUCCCCAUCACUAAACAGUUUUACAACAAUAAUAAAUGCACUUAAAAAAUAAAAAUAGAAGGGGGAGUGGAGGUGAGAGUGACUCACCCAAUCAGAUUGUGAUUAUUGAGGAGUAGAAAACAGCGGUCCCAGCAGUAGUUAAGGUUAAGAAGGAUAAGAACCAUAAAUCCAAAAUUGAGCAAAUGAAAAGAGCUAUGAGUUAGCCUGAAGGUCCUCCGCCUAUGGACCAUGAUAGAGAUGAAAUGUAGAGAUCUAUUAGGGAUAGCAAAAAAUAGAGCUAUCCAAAGCAAGGGGAUCCUAGAGGAGGCACAGCGUAGUUUGAUAAGCAAUAUAACUCUAACAAAGAAAUUUUCGAGUACAGUCCAAUGGUUCAAAAUAAUUUCAUUGAUAAUCAAUCUAGUAAAGAAGAGGAAUACAUAUAACCAAUCACUGCAAAGAACAGAUAGACAAAUUCUCUAGGAAAGAAGCCAACCUAGAAAGUAUCUGGGAUAGAUUUAGAUGAAAAAAGUUCAUUAUAGUAAAUAAAAGGGUAAAAAAGAAAGAAUGAAUCAGCAUAGUAAGUUGGAUAGACACUGUCAGAUGAUAAUUCUAAAAAAGUUGAAACAACUAGAAUUGUUAAGGGUGUUGGAUCAAGUAAGCUUUAUAAGAAGCCUGUUAAACUACCAUUCCUAAGUACAGCUCAGAGAAACACAAUCGAGGAAUUUAAAGACAGCUAGGAGACUCAAAAUAAACCAAUGGAAAACAUCUUCCUUAAAUAGAAUCUUAUUGAAAAAUAUUAACAGUAUAAUCAAAUUUACCAAAAACAGCUGUAAAACUAGCUUUAAAAUAAUUAAAAGGUUGACAGUUUUAAGGAUCAUAAGUAGAGCUUUAGUAUGAAAAAUCUGCAUCAUCCAACAGUAAUGAUUAAAACUUAAUAGGAGUCAAUGCCUAAUAACACUGAUACAAAUUUUAACUUGAUGUAAAAGUCUUAAAGCAAAGACUCAUUAAAGUACGGCAAACUUAAAAAUGGGGGAAUAGGAUUAGUAAACCUUGCACCGAUAAAGAUGCCUUCCGGCUCCAGUACAAAAAGCAAUUUUUCAAAAAAUAUCAGUCUAGGAACUCUCGUCCUUAAAAAAGAUUAAAUAAAGCUAAACAAAAAUGAUAACACCUCCAGUAAUAAUACUAAUACUUUCAGAAAUUUCGGAAGUAUUUAGACUUCUGAAAUGAAACCUGAAAUUAUAGAGUCUUCAGAUCUUUAAAAUUUGCAUUAGAAGCAGUUUGUUAAUGAAUCUGCGAAGCCAUCUACUGAGCACAGAUAAUCUGACAGUGUGAGGGAAUCUGAUUGGAAUAUUAUGGAAAACUUGAACGGUAAUGGAAGUCACUAAUAAAAACAUUCCUUGCAAAAUUUCAUAUUAGAAGAAGAUAAUCCUUUUACUUAGGUCAAUUUGCCAAUAAAUUAGUAAAAUUUAACAGGGGCUCACUAAAACUAUUAACAGUAAAUGAUGUUUCCCGGAUACUAGUAGGAUCCAUAUGCUUAGUUUUAAGCUUAUCCACUGCAUGUGCAAUAGUAAAUCAUGAUUGAUUAACACAUUAACCAAAUGAUGAUGAUGGGAAUGUACUCUAUAUCCCCUUAAUUGCUUUAGUAAAAUGGAAUAAAUAUGUAUCCAGGGAUAAUGCCACCCUUUCCUCCUCCUUAGUACUUGAAUUAGAAUUAGAUGUAUCCUUAAGGAUUCUAAAUUUAACCAAAUACACUCCCUUAAGAAAAAGCUAUUAUGAUUUAACAGCAAUAGCAGUAGCAUUUUUAAGAAAUAUUAACCGAGGAAUCCUAAUUCUAAUAGACAUAGCAAAUAUAAAACGACUUAUAGCAUCUAUCACCUAUUUUUGAGCAAGAUGCUAACAAUCAAACAGAGGAUAUUCCAAUGCCAGUUCAGCAUGAAGGACCAGUAGAGCUAAACCGUAAAAUGCUUGUUCAAGAUGAUGAGCAAAAUGUAGCAAAAUAUACAAAUAUCAAUCCUUAUGACACUGAUGAAGAGCUUUGCAAUUAUGAUGCCAGUGAUACGCCAAGAGAUUUCUUCGGUAAAAUCCUUAGAGAUUCAAUACCGAUUGUCAUUGUUGACGAUAGAGAGGAUGACGGAAUUAGGUCAUCUGUAUACUCUUUAAAGUCGAGAAGCUAGGAUCUCUGA